UUCAUUGAACGUUGAAUGCAUACAUGUCUAUCUGUGCAGGGCACGGAAUUGAGCAUCUCGUGACCCGCUAGCCCGUGCUUUUUGUAUUCAAGUCUCAUACAUGGGACAGACUCAAUUCUCAUCAUUGAUUCCAUCAAUUCUCAUCUCGAAGCUGUAUGAAGCGCCAUACCAUAAUCACCCCGUUCCGGCGUUUGGCGUCGGCCCAGCGUGCCACUUUAAGCGGCGUUCAAUCUGGAAGGUCGCUGUGGUUUGCGCGGUUUGAUUCGGCUUUCUGCUCGCAACGGUCCCACUCCACAUCGAUAAUAUCAGGAAUAGCUACGUCGCAAUUCCCCGCAGCUCACAAAAAACAAGCACUUUCCGCCAACCCUCCCCUCCAGAAGCGCAUCUCGAUCCCAAAACUAGGGCUCGGUAGUUCCAGAGCAUUGUACUCGAUCAUGCAUCGUUCUCCUGCCGCCAUGGUCACUAAGCCUGUAGUAACCGCGGAUGUCUCCAUCAACACCCCACGCGACCCUAAUACUCUGUCUAACUACCACAAUUUUGUGACUAGGCAGACGACCGCAGAUUUUGAGAUCGACUUUGACAAGAAGAUCUUGAAGGGGGGUGUUACGCUGGGGUUGGAGAGUCUGACCGAGAAAGAGACGACUGAGAUUGUCUUGGACACAAGCUUCUUAGACAUCACGGAUGUGAAGGUCGAUGGAAAGGAUGUAAAAUGGAAUGUGGGCGACCGCAUCGAGCCUUAUGGCGCCCCAUUGAACAUCACUUUGGAUGAAGGCGUGCCGAAAGGCAAGACAACAGAAGUUUCGAUCAAGCUCUCUACAACGGAAAAGUGCACAGCUUUACAAUGGAUGACGCCGGCCCAGACAUCCAACAAGAAACACCCAUACAUGUUCUCUCAAUGCCAGGCUAUCCACGCCAGAUCCGUUUUCCCUUGCCAGGAUACACCAGACGUGAAAUCGACCUUUGAGUUCAAGCUAAGGUCCCCACUUCCUGUACUGGCUUCUGGUCUACCCACUGGAGCCAAGGACUACCAGCCGGGCAAGGAUGGAAAACCUGGCACUCUGCUGUAUACUUUCGAACAGGAAGUUCCAAUCACAAGCUAUCUGUUUGCGAUUGCGAGUGGCGAUCUUGCUUCUGCCUCCAUCGGUCCUCGUUCUACGGUGUGGACUGGCCCCGAAGAGCUGUUGGCUUGUCAAUGGGAGCUCGAGGGCGAGAUCGAGCCUUACAUGAAGGCUAUUGAUUCAGUGGUGAAGCUCCCGUACCAAUGGACGCAGUACAACUGCCUCAUUCUUCCGCCAUCUUUCCCAUACGGAGGCAUGGAAAACCCUGUGUGGACAUACGCAACACCCUCCAUCAUCUCAGGUGACAAGCAAAACGUCGACGUGAUUGCGCACGAGCUUUCUCACUCUUGGUCAGGAAAUCUCGUGUCCGCAGCAAGCUGGGAGCACUUCUGGCUGAACGAAGGAUGGACCACCUAUCUCGAGAGGCGAAUCCAAGCUUUUGUCCACGGUGAGCCGCACCGUCACUUCUCUGCCAUCAUCGGCUGGAAGGCACUCGAAGAAUCUAUCAAGCUAUACGGAGAAGACCACGAGUACACCAAGCUCGUCGUGGAUCUCAAAGGCAAGGAUCCUGAUGACGCCUUCUCUUCGAUCCCAUAUGAGAAGGGAUUCCACGCCCUCUACGCUUUCGAACUUCUCCUAGGAAAAGACAAAUGGGACUCAUUUAUCCCGCACUACUUUGAAACCUUCAAAUUCAAAUCCGUCGACAGCUACGACUUCAAGUCCUGCCUCAUCGACUUCUUCGCCAACGACGCCGAGGCCAAAAAGAAGCUCGACGACUUCGACUGGGACGCUCUCUUCUACAAGCCCGGUUUCCCGACUAAACCCGAAUUCGACGACUCUCUCGUCAAAACAUGCUACUCGCUCGCCGAGAAAUGGAAAGCCCGCCUCUCGUCCCCCAACAAGGACUCCUUCACACCCAAGAAGCAAGAUAUCGAAGGUUGGAUGGCCAAUCAGUCCGUCGUUUUCCUCGAAAGCAUGCAGGCUGUUGCUACGUCUUUCAGUCCAGAGGACGUGCACUUGCUCGGCGAAACAUACGGCUACACAUCCGAGAAGACGCAGAACAUCGAAGUCGUGAGCCGUUUCUUGAACAUUGGCCUGCAGGCUAAAGCCAAGGAGACGUACCAGCCCACUGCUGAGCUGCUGGGUAAGAUUGGGCGCAUGAAGUUUGUGCGUCCUUUGUACCGCUUGCUCGAGAAGGCGGAUCGCGAGUUGGCUGUCAAGACAUUUGACGCGAAUAGGGACUUUUAUCAUCCCAUUUGCAGGCAAAUGGUCGAGAAGGAUCUUUACGAAGGCAAAUAA